AUGUCCUCAACAAAGCCACCACCGCCAUCUCCCUCGCACGUCUUGCGCACACACGCAGCCGCAGUGUGUGCCAUCUAUUUUUCUGAUGAUAACGAACGUCUCUACUCCGGCGAUGCAUCUGGUCGCGUCGUGAUUACCAACACGCGUACUCUGCGGCCAUCUGCGGUCUGGGACGCACAUACGGACAGUAUCCUCGGCAUUCAGGAGUGGGAAGAUCAUAUCAUCACACAUGGUCGAGAUAACAAGCUGCACGUCUGGCAGCGCGUCCAGGAAUUUGCAACGGCUCUCGGGAACUCUGCAGCCACACCCGGACUACAGACGCCUCAGUUGUGCUACUCAAUGGAUGUCAAUGCCCUCAACUACUGUCGGUUUUCCUUGUGGCCCAUUCCUGGAGCAGCAAGGGACAGCGAGCGGCGUGCUCUGAUCGCGUUACCGAACCUGGUUGAGUCCUCCGUGGCGGACAUAUGGGUUCUUCCCUCUAGACAGAGGCUUCAUGCUGCAGUUGGCAAGAUCGGCCUACCUUCGUCGACUUUGGAAGGUCGAGGUCUUAACCCCAUAGGUAUCAUCAUGUCACUGCACCUUUAUGAGGUGGAGCAUCCCCACGUCUCUGGUCGUAAGCAGCUGCGGUUGCUAUGUGCAUACGAGAACGGUAGCGUGACGAUGUGGGGAUACACUCGACUUGACAAGGAGACGUCUGUGGAAGGCAUUGGAUGGGACUCAUUGUGGAAUGUCAAGCUGCAUGUCGAAUCAGUUAUGGCAAUGGCCGUGUCAAGAGAUGGAAGUCUCGCCCUGACGGUCUCUGCAGAUCACUUGAUCGGACGCUACGAUCUGCAGGCUGCCGACGGAUCAUCUCAUCUUCACACAGCCUGCGUUGUUCACAGAACAAAGCACGCAGGCAAUGGAUCUAUUGCUAUCCGUGAUGAUGGUAAAGUAUGCGCCGUGGGCGGAUGGGACGGCAAAAUCCGCCUAUAUUCCACCAAAACUAUGAAACCAUUAGGCACUCUCGAAUAUCACAAACAACUUGUACAAGCGGUCGCCUUCGCAAGACUAAAUUCUCAAGUCACAUCAGCAGAUGCCUUGGAAACGAACGUUGAAGACGAUAGCGAGGACGGGAUGACGGAGCAAGAGAAAUUGGAGAGAUGCCGGUGGCUCGCCGCUGGUGGGCUUGAUCAGAGGGUGUCCCUUUGGUCCCUUAUCAGCUUCGGAAAAUCUUGA